AAUGUCUUUGUGUUUGUUCAUUACUACGAUUGUGCGAUUAUUUAAUUGUAAUUCGUCAUUCGUCGUAAAUUUAUUCGAGUGCUAUAGUGUUAUCGGACGUGGUACUUUUUUCCUUACUCAUUCUGCUAACUAAUUAGUUAAAUAUCUCUUCAGUUUCUUUGUUAAUAUUUUUGUAAUGAGUGUGAACUAAAACGUUCAAAAUGUACUUUUAUUCGUGUGUGCUGUACGCACUUUUUGUGUUUUCGGCCGUGGACAGUUCGUCUAUAAGAAAUGAUUUCGAUUCCGCUUUAUUGGGUCCUGAACACUGUUUGGAUUCGAGCUACUGGUGUACUAAUUUCACCACAUCAGUCGAAUGCAAUGCCGUCAACCAUUGUAUCCAAGUAGUUUGGCAGAAUCAGAAGUCCGUCUACGGCAGCUGUGGAAACUGCGAAGCUGAAAUUCAGUCCAUUCGCGACUCCAUCGACAGUAAUUUUACGAAAGGUGCGAUGCAAGAUUUACUUGAAAAUAUUUGCGAACUGUCAUUUUUAACCUCGGUCUUCCGCAAAACUUGCGAGAAUUUGAUUGAUAAAUACGUUGAUUCCAAUUUCAACGAAUUAUUAGAUUUAUUAACUUCGGAAGUAGAUCCUACAACAAUAUGCCAUCUUUUGGGAUUCUGUUCGUCGACUUCUCUAGAGACUCCGUACGAAGACGAUGCCGUCGUACGCUUCGACAAUAUCGAAUUACAUUUUCCAGCCAAACUUUUAGAUUUACCUGACAUGAACACAUUUGUUGGUGCUAGUCAAUGUACGUGGGGACCUUCGCAAUGGUGUGGUAACUUGACAUCGGCUCGGGAAUGCGACGCGCACAAUUACUGUUUCGAGAAUGUAUGGAAAACCAGCGAAUUUCCCGAAGAUAACGACUCCGUUUGCCAAAUCUGUAAAGAUAUGGUAAAACAGGCCAGAGAUCAAUUACAAAGCAACGAAACUCAGCAAGAGUUGAAAGAUGUUUUCGAAGGAUCGUGUAAAUUAAUUCCGAUCAAAGCAGUCUCCAAAGAAUGUAUCAAUGUAGCUGAUCAGUUCAUUCCUGAACUCACCGAAAUGUUGGUUUCCGCUAUGAACCCAACUGCCGUCUGUUCCGUCGCAGGGUUAUGUAAUAGCGCUCGUAUCGAUAAAUUGAUCGCUGCCAAUCCUGGUACGAAUUCCGAACUCAAGCUUGACUCUUGCGUUAAUUGUACUGUGGCUUUUACCAACGUAGAAAAAUUUUUGCAACAAAACUCCAAGGUCAACGUUAUGAAUAGAUUGUUGCAAGUAUGCGGCGAAUUGAGUAGUUUUUCCGAUUCGUGCUCGACGCUUCUGGCUAGACAUUUCGAUGAUUUGUAUCAAUACUUGUUGAAUCUGCAACCGUGGAGUGCCUGCCAUAUGUCUGGAAUGUGCGCUUACAAAUAUCAUUUCCAUCCUCAGCCCGGUGACGUAGAAUUAAAUGAAAAAGCUGAACUUAUGUUACAACAACAAUCUGACGAUUUACCUUGCGACUUGUGUAAACAAUUGGUGACUCAUUUCAGAGACGUUCUCAUUGCCAAUACUACCGAGGAUGAAUUUUUACAAGUAUUGAAAGGUAUGUGCAAACAGACGGGAAAAUUCGAAAAAGAAUGUACGGAUUUGGUCGAAGAGGACUUCAAAAUUAUCUACGACUUUUUAACAAACGAAUUAGAUCCGCCUAAAAUUUGCGCCGAAGUGAAUCUUUGCCCUAGAAAAAACCUCGUCAGCGAUAUCAAUUUAAAUCUCAUUCAAGAUAAAUACACUCCCAUUAUCAACACCCAAGCUGAAAUCUUGCCGCAGAAAUCGUUCAAUUUGAGUAGCUCUACGGAAUGCCGUUUGUGCAAAUACUUUAUUCAAAUUCUGCAACGUGAAAUCGAAGACCCAACAGUUGAAGCGGACGUGAAAUCAGCUCUCGAAAAAGUAUGCAAAUUGGUCCCGCGUUCGGAUGUAGAUAAAUGUAACAAAUUUGUCGAACAGUACUCCGAUGUGCUUAUCGAUCUACUAGCUAAAGAAACCGAUCCUGGUAUCAUCUGCGCUACCAUCGACUUCUGCCCUGACGUACGCCUGGUUUCUAAAUUCGAAUUUUGUCCUCUUUGUCAAACCGCCUUGAAUCUAAUCCAAAAGGAACUCGAGGAUCCUAAAACCGAGCAGCAAAUCGAAAAUUCUCUCAAGAAAGUCUGCGCUAUUGUACCACAAGCCGAAGCCAGACAAUGUAACGAAUUCAUGAGUCAAUAUUCAGCUUUAGUCAUCAGCGUUUUAGCCGAAGAAAUCGAUCCUUCGUUAGUCUGCCCAGCGUUGAAAUUAUGUCCAACUUUGAACGCCGUUCAAGAUCAAUGUCAAUCUUGCACCCAAGCCAUGAAUACGUUAAUCAGUCCGCUCAAAGAACGCGAUUCUCUUUCCGUGUACAGAGGCUUAAAAUCUAUGGUGAAAUCUGUCCCGAAACAUCUAACCGAGACAGCUGUUCAAAUACAACUUCAACAUUCUAGCGAAAUCGUCGAUAUGAUGAUGGCCGAAUUUACCGCCGAAGAAUCCUGUACUUACUUGAAAUAUUGUAAUCAGUACCCUAAAUACGACGCUGUAAUCGGCGGCGAUAUUGAAAGCAACGAAAUCGAAGCAUCGCCUAACGACAUCAUCUUGAACACCGUCUCGAAACCAUCGUGCGAAGUUUGCGAAUUAUUCGUUAAAUUAUACGAAAAUAAGCUAACCUCCAAGACCACCGAAGAAGAAUUGGAGCAAUUGAUGACUAAAUAUUGCGAUCAUUUGACCGAUAAAGAGUUACAACAGAAUUGCACCGCUAUGGUAGAUAAAUACGUCCCUAAAUUCUUCGACUUACUUAAAAAAGACGUAACUCCUAAAGAGCUUUGCCAAUUAGCUAAAAUCUGUCCGGCUUUCUCGAGUACCAGUUCGUUACAAAAAUGCCGUUCUUGCGAAGUCACGUUGGGAUCAUUACAAGGAGUGCUAGCUGAUCCAUACAUCAUGAAUUCCGAAUUCCUCGAGUUGGAUAAAAUCUGUUCGUACGUGAGUACUAAAAAUCGUAAAGUUUGCGACAUGGCCGUGCUUACUUUGGGACGUCAAAUCGAAGGACUAGCUUUAGGUAUUCCAAGCUGGUACUAUUGUUCGAAAGUUCACUUGUGCCCAUAUAAAUCCGAACUGAUACAGUUCGAAGAUUGUACUGCCGGAGAAUCUUUCUGGUGUCGCGGAAAUGAAACCGCUAUUGCUUGUGAUAAAUUAGAAUAUUGUCGUGAUAGAGUGUGGAAGUCCGACCAACCUAGUCGUAAUUAAGUGAUGGUAAUAUUUUUAUGUAUUUUUUUUUAUUUUUUAUUCGACGUUACAUAUUUUGUAUUAUAGCGAGGUGUCAACAUUUUAUUAAUAUUUAAAAGAGUCGUGUCAUAAAAUAUAUGUAACUCGAGUAUCUCGUAACGCACCUUUUAUGUAUAGGAAUCAAAUUGACUUGGUCUUAUUUCGUUUCAUUUCAACGUUACCUUAAUACGAGAGGCUGCAAAUAUUUUCUUUAUGAUAUUGGAUUCGAUUAUGUUAUAAUUGCUGAAUUGAUUUACUUACCUAUCUACCUUACGAUAUUGUCCACAUUUUUAUAUGUAAUUGUGUAUUUCGAUAUUCCCUAUUUAACAUCGUAAAAUUUUACCCCAAGAUUAUUUUGCACAAACUCUAAACGUUGAUAUUACCAUUAUGGUUUCGGAUUUAAUCUAUAUGUAUCAUGAUGGUUGAAUAUGAUUCCCGUUUACUUUGAUUAGUUUAUUUAUGUAUUUUUAAUAUGCAUGAUGUUGUGAUGUAGUUUAUUCGAAUUUUUUUGUAUAAUAUUAUUUAUCAUUUAUCGAAAAUGUUGCUAUUAUUAAUCUCAUUCCUGUAAUAAAAUUUUGAAAUUUGA